AUGGAAGGAGAACGAUCGGCAAGUUCUGGUGUGGUUGAUGAAUUUUACUUCUCAGCACUCUUUGAUGAGAAUGAGUUAUUCCCAAUCUCAGACGAGAAAUAUGCAGAACAGCUUCAGAUCCAAGAGGCCCUCGUGUCCUCAGCAAUCUCUCUAAAAACUUCAACAACAAGUGGAUCAGCAGCCCCGGAUAGAUCAAAGAACGCUAAAUGCAUGGAAACUGGUCAAUCAUCAUCUUCUUCCUCUCAUGGACAAGAUUCUUCUCCUCCUGAGUUGUGUUUGAUAUGCAUGGAUGCAAAACCUGGUGGAGAAAUGUUGAGAAUUACCAGCUGUUCUCAUUCAUUUUGCAACGAUUGCGUUGCCAAAUACGUAGCAACAAAGAUUCAGGACAAUAUCUUAAAGGUAGAGUGUCCUGAUCUCAAAUGUAACGGUGUGUUGGAGCCGGAAUCUUGUAGCUCCAUUGUUCCUAAAGAAGUGUUUGAGAGGUGGGAAAAUUUGCUUUGCGAAUCUUUGAUUCUUGGUGCUGAGAAGUUUUACUGUCCCUUUAAGGAUUGCUCUGCUGUGUUGCUGGAUGAUGGUAAGGAGGCUGUGACUAUGUCUGAGUGUCCCAAUUGCCAUAGAUUGUUCUGUGCUCAGUGUAAGGUUUCAUGGCAUGGUGGAAUCGAAUGUAGGGAGUUUCAAAAACUAGGCCAGGACGAAAGAGAGAGAGAAGAUAUCUUGGUCGUGGAGCUUGCCAAGGCUAACGAAUGGAGAAGAUGUCCCUGUUGCAAAUUCUAUGUGGAAAAGAGGUCUGGUUGUAUGCACAUUACAUGCAGGUAA